CUUCCGGCCGGUGCCCCCAGGCGGGCGGGCGGAGGACUCGUGACUGCGGAGGCAUGAAGUGGGGCCCAUUCAGCGGUGUCUCAUUUGCAGCGCGUUGGGAGCAAAAGGCGCCUCCUGGAAGAACGCGUGGAGGGCGCUCUCCGGGGUGGAAAGAGUCCGCGGGAGGAGUCGAGGAGCGGAGUCUGGGGGCCGCUUCCGCGGGCCCUGGAGGAGGGAAAAGGAGGGGCGGGCUGCUCCCGGGCGGCCGGGGCGGGCCGCCUGCACUCCAAGGAGGCGGGAGAGGGAGAGUGAGGGAGCGAGGGGCGAGCGUUGGGGAGCAGCAUGGAGACCUCGGCUGACUGGCUGGCCACCGCCGCCGCCCGGGGCCGGGCUGACGAGGUGCGAGCGCUGCUCGAGGCGGGGGCGCCGGCCCACGCGCCGAACCGUUACGGUCGGAGCCCGAUUCAGGUCAUGAUGAUGGGCAGCGCCCGCGUGGCCGAGCUGCUGCUGCUCCACGGUGCGGACCCCAACUGCGCGGACCCCGCCACCCUCACCCGACCCGUGCACGACGCCGCCCGGGAGGGCUUCCUGGACACGUUGGUGGCGCUGCACCGAGCCGGGGCGCGGCUGGACGUGCGCGACGCCUGGGGCCGCCUGCCCGUGGACCUGGCUGAGGAGCGGGGCCACCGCGACGUCGCCCGCUACCUGCGCGCUGCUGCAGGGGGCACCGAAGGCGGGAGCCACGCCCUCGCAGACUCCGCGGAAGGUCCCGCAGACAGUCCCGCCCUAAAGAAUCCUUGAAAUCUAGAGACACUUCGACUACGUAUUUGAUCUUCAGUCGUCGAAGUUUGAAUACAAGAACUACCCCCACCAUAUCUGUCUUCCCUGCGUAGUUCCAAUUCAUCAAAUAACGCUUUUUAAAAAUUGGAACUGCCUCCCCCUUCCUUCCCUUAAAUUUUGCUAUAAAAUUAAAAAAAAACAAAACCCGA